AUGGCCCCGAAUCUCAAACAUAUAGAUCUAGUGGGCCUUGCUAGUACUGAAGACGAGGUCACUAAAAGCAAUCAAAUUUGGGCGGAAUAUAUAGCUUCAGCCAAUCCUCAUUACAUGGCUACUCCAGUUUCAACUUUUGAAUAUCUACAUAUUGAUCGCCGAGUACCGCCUGGUAUACCACGCCUGAGGUUUGAAAAUGAUUUGAGAUUUAUGUUUGCUGCUCUGAAGCCGCUGAAGUAUCUUCGCGUCUGCUCUCCCCGUGAUAUGACUAUCAUGCAUGAGAUAUUUGCUCACCAUGGUAAAGCCCUGCGAGGAUUGAUUCUCGAACCUGUCAUUCCAGGUGGCCAACGGCCAGAAGAAAUACGUCCAUUAUAUUCUGUCUUACAUAACAAAGACCUUAUUGAACUUGCUAGCCAUGCGCCUUUGCUUGAAGAACUACGUCUUCCCAUCAGACGUUCUUUAGGGGACGAAACUGAAUGUCAACUGUAUGAAGCACUUGGCAAAUUUCCUGCACUUCACAGCCUCAUUCUAGACCUGGACUGCAAUCCUCGUGACAGCAUGGCCAGAGACUGGAAUCAGUUUUCAGAGCAGACUCCAAAACUGCCCAUUAAGGAUGUUUUUAUCAACGCCGCCGUGGAUGGCACACAGGCUAAGGCGAUCUGGGGCGUGAUUGAUUCAAGUAGUGGUGGAAAGCGGUUGAGAAAGCUGCGUAUCUCCAUCAUUGGGUUUCAUGGUUUGGAACGAGAAGAUGGUGAAGUUGCAAGGCGCUUGGCUCGGUCAUUUCUUAUUUCUAGGUCAAUAUUGUGCACUAAUGCUCAUAUGAAGAUUAGAGAAAUUGAGAAAGGGGAAAUUGAAUUGCAAACUGCCAGACAGCUGGAAUAUGACUGGGAUGAAGUGUUUGAACUAUCAAAGAGACUCCAAGAAGUUAUUGCAUUUCUUUGGCUUUCCAGAUCCGAGGAGGUCACCUGGGACUUUGAUUGGAAGAGUUUUCCAUUGCAAGAGGAGAAGACACGCAAUGGCUAG